AUGUAUAGUAUAGUUGAAAAACUUACAUCGUUGCCUAUUGUUAACUUUGUUUUGCAGAUGGGACACAUAUGGCUUGGACUUCUUGCCACUGCAGGACAUUUAACCCCAAAAGAUGGUGGCUUUCAUCUCUAUAGUGUUGAAGAAGUAGUGUUUGAAGUUUUGGAAAGAUGGUCUAGAAGAGUAUGGGGCAGACAAGGUUGUUGCUUUGAUGAAGAAAUUGGCAAAGGUUCACGCCAAAUUGGUGAUUGUGCUGGCCUUCUGCAUUGCCAACGUAUUGGUGGAGUCCCUCCAACCACUGUUGUUGAAAUGACAUUUGGAAACUCUAGGGAAAACAUUCAGGAAGCAAGGAUAGAUGCUGAAGAUGAUGAAGAAGGAGAGACCCUUAGUGAUGACGAUGAAGGCAGUGACAAUGGAGAGAGUGAUAGUGAAAACAGUAAUAGUGAAGACAGUGAUGGUGGAGACAAUGACAGCAAAGAUGGUGACAAUGAAGGAAGUGAUAGUGAAGACUAUGGUAUCUGA